UUUAUCUUCUUUUGUCAAUUUGAUGAUCAGAGAGAAAACAAGGACGAAGACAUUUCAUUGAGGAUCUAUACAUCACACAGUGGAUUUCAACAAAGCAACAGAAUGAAAUAUGUCGACUAUUUGUAUAUAACUCAUCCAUGUCUUUUUGUACAUCCUGUUGAAGGACUGUCAUGAAGACAAGAAAAGGAAGUCGACAGGGAAUGCUAUCAAAGCUUGUACCAAUAGCAAAGAAGACAGUUAUUAAAGUUGAUGAUGAGAUAGAAAUUCUUAUAAGAGAAGUUACAGAAGAACUUAAAGAAACAGAAGAAUUUCGGGAGCUGUUUGCACAAAUGGAGUGUUCAGAGAGUGAAGAUAUAAGCAUGUUGAAAGAGUCUGAUAACAGAGAAAAUGCAUGUUCUUCAGACCUUGUAUCUAAAGAAUGUUUAGAUGGGAAUAGUGUGAAACUUUGUAAAAAUAUAUUACAAAAUGAUGAAUAUUUUGAAGGUCAUUCAUUUCAGGUUGUCCAGAAUGACCAUCCCUAUUCAGUGACAAAAUCUAACUUAGUGGGUAAUAAUAAUAGAAAUAAAAUAAAAGACACGUACAGUUCCCUUAGUUUCUCACAAAUAGACACAAAAAGAACUUCAGGCAAGCCAGAAAUCAUAGUUUUGUCACAAGAUAUUUGUGGCAUAGAGGCAGAAAGUGAACUAUCUGUUGCUUCAUGUAUAGGUAAUGAUGACUGCUUAGAAGAAACAAAUGAAAAUGAAGAUCAAAAAAGCAACUUGAUUUAUGAAAAUGUUAAAGGUUCAGAUAUACCAGUUGUAGUAAAAAGAAUUAAAGAAAAUAGUUUAUCUUUGGAACCUGGUGUAAGAAAAGCAGAGAAUUUAAUCAUUUCUUCUUCUAAAAGGAAUGAAGUUAUAUCCAGAAAAAAUGUCAUUAAAAGUGAGAAAAAGUACAGUUCUCAAGCACAAAAUUAUCAUAUUUCCUCAAUGGAUAGAGUAAAGAAAGAGAAAGUAGAAGGUGAUGUAAAUGAACUGCAUAAUAAUAUAUCAUCUAGUGAUAACAUGGGAAAAGAAAGUAUCUGCUCCUCUGUGAAUAAUAACAGUUCUGUUAAUUUGUUAAAUAAUGGUGAUGUAUUAUUGGAAGGAGUAGUUUCUAAAAUACAAAAGAAAUUAGCUGAAGAAAAUGAUGAUUUUUCAUUCAAACAAUCUAUGUCAUGUGUGGGAAAUACAUGUGAUGAAAAGUUUUCAGUAAGUAUGCUUAGAAAGAACUUACAAAAUAAGAUAUCUAGCUGUCAGACACCAGAUUUUUCUGAAGGAGAUUGUUCAACUGUUUCCUCCUCAAUUCCCAUUCAAAAUCAUGUGAAAACUGAGUCGGAAAGUUCUUAUUUAUUAGAUGAUAGUUCAUCUGGGUGUUCUGAUGCAUCUCAGCUUGCAGAUGUUAAGUCGUUUAGGAAAAGGAGCAAAGGAAGUGAACUUGAAAAACUCUAUGAAUCUCUUCGAGAAAUUCCUUGGGCUCAAGACUGGAGUCCCACUGGUAUUGUUAUGAAACGUAGCAUCAUUCGUAGAUCAGGAAGGCUAUCUGGUACUGAUCUGAAAGCACAUAGUAGGUGUUCUACCCCUGCAGGUAGCUCAUUGUUCAGACGGGUUCAGCCAUCAAGACAGAAGAUAAUUCAGAGUGGUGGUAGAAAUCAGAAAAAGCAGCACGUCUUGAAACAUAAAAGCACUAAGUCAUUCUGUAGAGACUGCCACCUAUGUACAAUUUCUCAUCAUAAACAUCCAACAUCUUUCUUGAACAAAAAUAAGUCCAGUUUUAUGAAAGUCCUAACACCUGUCAAACAAAAAGUGUGUAAAAAUCAAACAACAUUUGACAGGAAGAAUGAAAUAAAAGUAUUCAAUAAGAAAAAAAAGAAACCAAAAAAAGAAAAAAAGCUAGAAGAAAUAAAAAAUGCUGCAAAUAUUUCUGUUUCUAAAGUAUCGGAAUUGAAAAAUAUAAAAGAUUUUUCUGGCAAAAAUAUGACAAAGUGUUUGAAGCAAAAACUCACUAGAGAAAGUAAAGAGAAAGUUCCUGAGAAAAAAAUCAUAAAUGAAACAACAUUAGGUAAUGCUCAGAAAGAAAAGUGUUACAAUGAUCAGACAUUGAAUAAUAUGAAGAGUUCCAGUAAUAAAACAUAUAGAACAGAUACUUCUCUUCAUAAGAAACUUAGUAUUAAGCCUACAAGCCUUAAAAGCAGUGAGAGUGGUUCCAAGCACAGAAAGAAGAAAAAUAUUUCUAGAUUGAAGCAAAAGAAAGAUGACCGAAAUACACUAACAGAAGUAGCCAAGGAGAAAGGGUCACUGCUCAGAGUUGCUCUACAUCCUCUGGACAGAGUUCAUUUAUGUGCAAACCAAGAUGGAGGAGAGGGACCCAGCAGUUUCCUCAAAAACCUGUAUGUGUCACAACAAGAAACCAGUCUUAAAGCAGAUAUAUAUAAAAAAAUUCACACUGCAUGGAAUGAUUUAGACAAAAUUAGCUGCAAACAUGGAGUUCCCACAGUUUCUGGCUACCUCACCCAUCCCACGGGAAAACCUAUCUCUUCCAUGCUUCGCGAAGUUCAAGAAUCUAUUGUUGAUUCUAUUGAAGAGGACAAAAUCUCAAAAAGGAAAAAGGCUUUAGAGGAAGAUAACUUAAGGCUGAGUAAAAGACAGAGUGAGUGUGCCUUUCGAUACAGAGAGAUUGCUGUGAAGAAACAUCAUAACUACAUCCAAAUAAUUCUUGUGCCAAACACAAUACGGAAAAAUGCCUUAAACCUGGAGUGUCUCCGUGAAUUGAAAGAAGCAGUAAUUGCAGCACGAAAAGAUCCAGGCUGUAAAGUGCUUCUUAUAAAUAGCUAUGGAAGUAUAUUCUGCUCUGGAUUAGAUCUUGCCGUUCUUGUGGGUCUUCAGAAGAAGCAAAUAGCUGAGGAACUAGCCCUUGCUGUGAAAGAUCUACUGUUUACAUUAGCAUGUUUUCCAAAGCCACUAGUAGCAGCAGUGAAUGGACUUACUGUAGGUCUUGGAGUCACUCUGUUAACAUAUUGUGAUGUUGUUUUUGCCAGUGACAAAGCUGUUUUCUAUAUGCCUUACUGUAAACUUGGUUAUGUUCCAGAAGGAGCAGCCACCUUAACUUUGCCUCAGGUAGUAGGAUCAACUGUGGCAUCAGAUAUGCUUUUGCGGGGUUGUAGGGCUACAGCUCUUCAGGCUCAAUCGUUUGGGCUAGUAUCUGAGGUCAUUUGGCCAACAAGAUUAAUGGAAGAAGCUAUACCUCAUGUCCAAGCUAUGGCUGCCAAUCACUCUCAACACAAGUGUAAAAAUGGAUCAAUAAAAAAACUGGAUGAAACCACUCACUUUCUAUGUAGAAAAAAAAAGACCUCAACAGCAAUUAAUUGGAUUGAUUGCAGUAUUGAUCUUGGUAUUUUUUUAAAUUUUUUUGUAUGACUGAUAUAUUAUAAGGACACUGUAACAAACAAAAUUAUAGACCUACAGACAAUUUGGUGUAUACAUAGUUUAGAAAAAGUUUUUAAAAUUUGAUCAGGUUAAAAAAAGCAGAAAUUUGAGGUUGCCAAAUUUUUUGAAGUUUUUGAUGUUUUUUGAAGUAGACCCAAACUACGUAAGUCACUUGUUUCUAAAACAACCAAAUUAAAAUAAAUAUACAUGUACAUGUAUGUUUAUAAUUGUGUGCUUAUUUUAAACUUGACCACAGGUCUAGAGAUGAGAAUUUUCCAUUGAUCCAUCGAUUUUCAAUUUUUUUAUGGAUUGUCAGAGUCGUUUUUGAGAUCAGUGUAAAUUCAAGGAGAAUAUAUUAGGAGGUUGAUGUCAAAUGUUUUUGUGAAAAUUAAUUUAGUUUAUUCUGAAAAACAUUAGAACAAUUUACUUUUUCUUUACAUAUAAUCUAAAUAAAUCUUGGGAGUUGGGGAGACAGUACAUUUAGUAGUAAGAUGGGUUUAAUAUUAUAUUAUUACAAGACUAAUAAUUCAACUGUAUCAAUAAAUUAUUAAUUUUUGACUUUCUUGUGGUUUAUCACUACUUCUAUAAACAAGAUUAAUGCUUGUUUUAUCUAGUUGGCAUACUAAAUAAGAUUGUCUUGUUAAAAUUGUCAAUCAUAUCAGAAGUCUGAAAUUAUAAAACAAUAACAACAAAAUAAAUUGAAUGAAUAUAUAUAUAUGUUAAAAUUAAGUUUGUAUGGAACUAGAUGAGAAGGACAGUACUUGUUUCCAUAUAAAAAUAUUUGAAACAAACUUUCUUACUAGUGGGAUUUGUUAUUUGACUGGUUCCUAAUAUGUUGUUUUGUACAUUAUAUUCUGUACUCAAAUUUUAUUGAUUCUUGCAAUGAUGGGAAAUUUUUACAUAUUUUGACAUGUGCAAAGAAUGAGCUGCUAUAAAUUACUUUAAAAAAUGCUUCUUUGAAUACUUUCAGUCCAUCUGCAUUUGGGUUCUAGGUGAUCCAAGACCCUCUCUCUCUCUUAGUUUUCUAUGCCUAAAGCAAAAGCUUGUACUAUAUCAUGGCUGUUUUUUGUUGUUUUUUUAUUUUAUUUCCUGGAGAAAAAGGUAAAUAAAUAUAUUAUAUUUACCCUUCAAUCUCACCUAUGAUACUAUAGCUUUUAUAAUGAUACUGCGUGCAACACAUGUAAACAACGAAGAUGUGUUUAUUAUUGAUGUGUUGUAACUGUUAAAUGCAUUGUAUAUCGUAAUUAAUAUAGGCAAAGGUAAUUUUUGUUGAAAAAAACAUUAAAUAAAGAACAGCUAACAAUAUGUUGGUUGACAUACCUUUCAGAGAAGAUUUGUGAUUUCCAUGUUCUUUAUUCUUAUCCCUGAAAGUUCUUAAGAGUACUGACUGUUCAAGAAAAAAAAUCCCAUAAUAAAUGAAUAAAUGCUGAACUCUUGUAUGUUUACAUAAUAACUACUUAAG